AUGGAGUUAUGUAUCGAUAAUCUCAACAAUAUUUUGGAAACUAAGAAAUCAGACCUCAAACCGGAUAAUGUGUUGAUUUCAUGGAAAGGGAGGAUAAAGUUAUGUGACUUUGGUUUGGCUAAAGAGAUCGCAAAUUGUGAUCCAUUUAAUGUAUCCAAAGCAGAACAUACGGCAGAUGUCGGGGAUCUGUCAUAUCAGGCACCGGAAGUUAAUUCAUAUCCAAUUGAUUACGAUCAUAAGAUAGAUAUCUACAGUCUCUCCCUAAUUGGGGCACAAAUAUUUGGUUUCGAUACAUACGAUAUAAUCGACGGAAAAUAUGAAAGAAUGGAUGCAUAA